ACGUUUUCCAAUCCAGACAAAGGGCAAAGAUUUCUUUAUUGGUUACACGACACAUUGUGAUCGAAAGCUAAAGAUAAAUAUUUAUAAAAAAUUUGUAAAAUAUAAUCGAAUAAUAUUUAUUAUUAAUUCAGUUUGUACAUAUAUAUUUUUAAUACUAAACUAAUAAAUUAUUCUACUCUUGAUUUAAAUAAAUACACAAUCUAAGAGAGGGAAAAGUAUGAUAAUCCAAAACAAAUAAAAGAUGUACAUUCAUAUGUUACUUAUUCCUAAUAUAAAGGAUAAAUAAAAGAUGUUUCUUAAAUAGGAAUAUUACAUAUCAUCACUAUGGUAGAAGGAGCUGGAUGUGGCGAAUUACAACAAUUGGUCCAAGAAGAGGAAUGCGAAGAACCACUUAGUCAUGGAGGAGAAGCUACUCCUCCGUCAACACCAGCAAGAUCUCAACGUCCAAGCAAAACUGAAGUACACAACUCCAAUGUGUCGCAACAAAUACUGUGGGAAAAUAACACACAAAUAUCACCAAUUAUCAGUAAAGGAAGCUCUGGUCAAGGGACAAGUCAAGGUUCUAUGGUUUCUGGUCGACUUGCUAAUACUUCGAGUUACACUGGCAAUCAAUCUCGAUUAACAUAUUUCAAUGAAAAGGAGAAACAAAGACCUACUCGACCAGAUCCACCAAGAAUUGCAAGACAGCACAAAGCCUUGGUGCCAUGCAAACACCAUUGCUUUCUGUCAGAGGUUCCUGAUGUUCGCCAUAUGGAACAAGCUCUGCUGCAAUUAUUGGAAGACUUUCACAGUGGAAAUUUACGAGCAUUUGGAAAAGAUUGUAGUAUGGAACAGAUGACCGAAAUACGAGAACAACAAGAACGUUUAGCUAGGCUACAUUUUGAGUUAGGCCAACGACAAGAAGUGGGUGGAGAGCAGUCGGGUCUUCGUCAAUCGAGUGCGAAUAUGCGACAUUUGCUUCAUCGUCUUCAACAAUUGAGUAUCUGUAUAGAGAAAAUGAAAUCAGCAGCUUCAUCACAAUCACAUCGUACAAUUACAAUUCACGAUACUUUGCAACCAUUGAGCUACACGAAACGACCUGCAUUUGAUGCCUUAUGGGAGCCGAAGGAUGUAGCUGGUAUCGAUGUAAGGGCGACAGAAAAAAGACGUAUUCUUGGAGAUGAACAUCUGGAGAACAUAAUCAAAGAAAGGCCAAGAAUAUAUAUGGUGCCAAGUGUAAGUUUAGAUAAUGUACAAGAUAAGGAUAAAAGAGAAUUAAUGAUUGAUUUUAUAUACAAAACGACGAUAAAUCAAGCGGCAGAAGAAGUUUGGAAUGAUUUUGAAAGCUCUUGUUUACCACAAAUAAAAGAGCGAGAAAAACCUUUAACUGAUCAACGAGUAAUAGCUCAUUUGCCGGCGAGAUUUCGAGGAGCUGCUAAGAAAUGGGACAGCAUGCAGAGUCGUUCUCUUCUCAUGAAUAUCUGCUACAAUAAGAAAGUUAAAUGAAACGUAUUUAUAACAAUUCUCAACAGAGAAAUAUCAAAGAGCGCGUAUAAGGAAAUUAGUCGAUGAAAAUUAAUUAUCUUUUAUAAAAAAUUGCUUUUAUUGUAUACAGGACGUAAAUCUUACAUAUGGAGUGCAUAUGGAGUACCUUUAGAAAAAAAUAAACUAUGAUCAGCCAGUUAAAAGUAACAAGGUAUUCAACUCAUUUACGAGUAUGUCUUUUUACAUGAUUUUCACAAUCUUCAUAAAUUAUAUAAUUCUAGUUAGAGAAUACGCGAUUCGCCAAAUAUAUUAUAAUGAUAUAUAUAUA